UUGAAAUUGUUUAAAACAAUGUACAUUAAGGUCAUAUGUGUCUGUGCCCUAAUUGCGGCAGCGGCAGCCCAACACGGACACCACGCGCAUUCCUCGCAGCACAUCUCCAAGCACGAUGAACAUCCUCAGGAGGUGACCAUUAAAGACCACCACGGUCAUGAGAAGCAUGUCGACUAUUAUACUCACCCCAAAUACAAGUUCGAGUAUAAAGUGAACGACGAGCACACGGGCGACCACAAGACCCAGAACGAGCACCGCGAGGGCGACACCGUGCACGGUUUCUAUAGCCUGCACGAGCCCGACGGCUCCGACAGGCACGUGCACUACCACAGCGACCACAAAACCGGGUGA